GUGUUUCUGCAAAGCGACUGCUUGGCUUCAUCGUAAAGCUCCACAGGACCCAGGAAGUCACUCUGGCUCUCUGCCCUGAGGAAAGGCCUGUUCUGACCCAGAAGCCUGUGGGAUGUAAACCUGCCCUGUUCAGCUCUUGCUGCGCUGUCAUGGCGGAGUGUCCCAGCGACAGGGAUCGGCUGCCGGAAGCCCUGGCCCGGACUCUGGACCUUUCGGAGCGGCACAGCGGGCCCGAGCCAGAGGACGAGUGCUUCUUCGACUGCGAGGAGACCCUGCAGGGCGAGGCAGAGGAAGGGCAGAGGAGGGGAGAGGCCGGAGAGGCCGGACAGCCUGGCGCGGCAGGGAGGGAGAGGGCAUUGUGGGAAGAGUCCACAGAGGCGAAGGACCGAGCGGUCGAGGGGAGGGAGGAGGAGGAGGAGGAGGAGGAAGAAGAUGAGGAGGAGGAGGAGAGGAACGAGGACGCUGCGCGCGGCCGGGCCGGGCAGAGCCGAGCAGAGCGGGGGCAGGGCGACGGCGAGGGCGCCGAGAGGUGGGAAGAGUGCUUGGAGGGGGCGGAGGCAAGGGGGGAAGAGGAGGAGGAGGAGGACUUGGAGCUGAAGCCGGAAGAGGCGCCGGAGUUCGACGAGGAACACCUCAGGGAGCUGGAGAAAGACCUGACCGAGGAGGAGAAGGAGAGCAGGAGAGAUGAAGGCAUGAAGCUGAAGGAGCGAGGGAACGAGCAGUUCAAGAAAGGAGAGCACUCCGAGGCAGAGGAGUCCUACACUGCGGCCCUGAGGAUCUGCCCGGUCUGCUACAGCAAAGAGAGAUCCAUCCUCUUCUCCAACCGCGCGGCCGCUUGCUUGAAGCUGGAUAAGAAGGAGAAAGCUAUAUCAGACUGCACAAAAGCUAUAGACCUGAACCCCAAUUACGUCCGGGCGAUUCUCCGCAGGGCGGAGCUGUAUGAGAAGACGGACAAGCUGGACGAGGCCCUAGAGGACUACAAGGCCGUUUUGGAGAAGGAUCCCACAGUGCACCAGGCCAGGGAGGCCUGCAUGCGCCUGCCCGAGCAGAUCACGGAGAGGAACGAGAAGCUGAAGGAGGAGAUGAUGGGCAAACUCAAAGACCUGGGGAACUUGUUCCUGCGCCCCUUCGGCCUCUCCACAGAGAACUUCCAGGUCCAGCAGGACCCCGCCAGCGGAUCCUACUCCAUCAACUUUGUUCAGAACCCCAAUAACAACAGAUAGCAUCGGGGGGUCCGGCUGCGUUGCACCCCGAACCCCAGUUCUCCAAACACCCCCAUCCCAAAGACUCACCGCUGGACUGCCCCUAUGGGCAGCGUCACAUAGGUCCGCAGGGCCCGAACGCAGCGCCGACUGCACACAGUGUGUCUAACAGACUAUCCCAGAGCUGGACACUGUUCACUGCUCUCAGAGCCGCCUGGAAGAGGAGUGUGUGAGUGUGUGUGCUUGUUUUAAGGUCAGGAGGUUCCACGAGAGGCCAAUUGCAUCCUAAUUUUUUCAGCUGUUUUCUUUUUCCAUUAAUAAAGUACAGGAGCUGCAAAGUCCCUCACUUUUAUACUCAU